CCAUACGGACCCCCGCUCUUGCGAGAUCAUCCUCUCCUUCUUCGUCUUCCUCCUCUUCCCGAUCUGCCUCGUCCAUUGGUGCUGAGAGCUUCAGGGAGCAGGAUGAACCAUCGCCAGCCGGAGCAUAAGCCCCUCGAGCAUUUCCAGACGCCGCUUGCAGAUCGCUUGUUGCGGCAUCAGUUCAAUAAGGAAAGGCAGUUGCGGUACGACAUUCAGCAGAUGAACGUGCCAGCGCCCGGGGUUGCUGAUCUGGCGGCGUACUCGUUACUUUGCGAUCGGCUGACGUAUGCGGGGGUGUACGUGGACGUGACGCAGUUGCCUGGGCGGGAGACGACUCGAGUGUUCAUCGAGUUCCGCACGCUCCAGGUGGCCAACUUCGUGCAUAGCGCCGCCAGACUCGCCACCUUUAUCGUGAUCGCGAGCGAGGAAGAGGAGAUCCAGCCACAAUUGAGGACGGCGACGGCUCCACGGAGAACGUACAACGCGGUCGUCAUCCCGGAUUACAUUGCGCGGCACGCGGAGAGGUUGGAGGACUUCCUGGAGGAAAAGCCGUUGCGGCCUCCCUUGUCGUAUCCCCGACCGACACCACCCAAGGCCCCCAAGAAGACGCCAAAGAGGAAGAGACGCCACCCGUCGCCAGGAGCGCAAGGCAGCAGAAUCGGUGGCGGCGAGGAGGUGAUUCAGCCCGCGCGUACGCGGAAUCUUGACCCCGCGCCUGGGAGUGAGGCGACGCUUGUUAAGGCGAUUGUCGUGCCAUCGCCGUCCUUCCCGCGCGUGCCCGAUCUCAAUCUUGAUGGAGCCGGGCCAUCAUCAGCAGCAGCAGCCGGGGGAGGAAGCCGAAUGGGAAUACCGGAUCCCAUAUCCAGACCCCCCGUCCUCGCGCGACCUCUCCGCUUCCGCCAGCCACCCCGGGAGGUGGAUUUCAUGGUGGAGCCCAUCACCAUCAGGCUCGAGGCCAUCGCGGGGGCGCCUCGCCCUGAUCCGGCGUGGGAGCCAUAUCUGACACCCCCUUUUCAAGGGUGUAUUGCGGCGCGACUGGCUGGGACGCUCAUCUACGAGACUGGGCAGCGUCCCAAUGUGAUGUACCACUUCCUUGUCUUCGCGGCGCAGAAGCGGGAGCGGCGGCCUUACACCGAGACUCAUGUGGUGAUGACGGGUCCAGGGCCCCGAUCGGUGCGCAAGCGGGUGGUGCGAGCGGUGGCGGAUCUGGCGCCACGUGUCUUGUCUCAUGUGCCGGGGGCCUUCCUCUAUCCCUCGUUUGUCCAGCACCACUUCCAGGAGGAAGAUGCGCUGACGACUCCCGCGGCAAUGACCACUUUUCUUCCACCUAUUUCGCCCCCUCUCAAUCCCGACAUCGAUCACUUCCUCUGAUCACCCUUGUCUAUCUCUCCCCGCUUCUCUCCUUCUCCUUCUCUUCAUCACCUUCUUCUCCUAUGCCCAAAGUUUGCACGUCGAGACGC